AUGAGUAAACAAAGAGCACAACUUGAGCAAUACAGGAGUAGAGAAACCUUAGCAGGAAUUCCAUCUCACAGUGAUAUUAUUUCAGAAUGUAAUAAUGAAUUAACAGCUAUACUUCAACAAAGUUUAUCUGAUAAACAGCCUAUAUACUUCAUGCCUAAUGAUGUGAGUGAUGCCACUGAUUACAUUGUAGUAGUGCCUGAAGAGAUUUAUGAUAACUGCAGGAAAAAAAUACUACAACAAAAAGGAGACUGUAUAGAAUACCCAAAUGUAGUAAAAAAGUUCAACAAGAAAAUAAAUAUUGAUUAUUAUAUCGAAAGUCUAUUUGGUCUCUGUACUCGUUUUAUAAAUUAUGAUAAUAAAUAUCAACUAUCAUCUGAAUCUCUCUUAAAAGUCAUGGAUCACAAAAAAAAAUCCAAGAAGAAGAAAUUAAAAAUUGCUAAGGAUUUAUUGCAGAGCAAUGACUCUCCGAGUUUAGAUGAAGAUGAAAUAGCAAAAAUUAAAGAUGAAGAGUUACAGAAGUUGGCUAAAAAAUGGCUCAAAAAUUAUAUUAAGAACUUAUGUGAUGCACUAAAAAAAGAUGAAGCCAUUAUCUCCUAUUUAUGGAAAAAUGCUACUACUCAAGCUGAAAAAAUAUGUUCUGGCAUUAGUAAAGCUGGCAUAACUAGAUCUUCAAGCAUCUCUGCAGAGCAUAAUAAUUACCUUAAUAUAUUAGACAAAAUUACAAACUCUACUUAUUCAAAAUUAUUGAAUCUACUUUCAAAAUUGUCUAAGCUUAAUGUAGAAUAUAGAAAUGCGAUAUAUGAUUUAAUUACACAGGUGCAAAAACGCAAACCCAAAAUUACAAUUCUGGAACAAUAUAUAUUUUUAUAUGAUUUGGAAUUAGAGUAUCGAGAAUUAAUAGAUUUCCAGAAUAUAUGA